AUGCACCACCACGCCACCCUCCUCCUCCUGCUGCUGACUCUUCUCCUAACCCUCACAACCGCCCAAACCCCCACUCCCACAACCCUCCUCAAACGCAGCGGCGUCCUCCCAAAAGUCCACCUCGACCUCCACCCGACCGGCACCAACGAGGUCGGCCAAACAACCUUCUGCACGACGCAGACGCUGGGCCGGAAACCUACGCAGGUGUGUUUUGGGUGGGUGGCGCCGCCUUGGAAUACGAUUGAGUCUUGA